GCUGCGGCUGAUCGCCGCCCAUGCCGCGAAUGCAGGACCUCAGAUAAUCGCCCGAUCGCAUCCGAAUCGCCGCCCACCUUGUCUGGAGAUACCGCCGCGAUGCUGGCACAGCCGCAAAGUGAACUGCGCUUGCAGCGUCCCUUCGUGAUUUGGCUCACGGGAUUGUCCGGAGCCGGCAAAAGCACGCUGGCCGGUUGGGUUUCCGCCGAGCUACGCCAAAAAGGAUUCGGCACCUACAUACUCGAUGGCGACGAUCUCCGGCACGGGCUGAACAACGACCUGGGAUUUAGCGCCGCUGAUCGGAAGGAGAACGUGCGUCGGCUCGCUCACGUUGCAACCCUUAUGUACGACGCGGGUCUCAUUAUCCUCGUGGCCUGUAUUUCCCCAUUCCAGUCCGAACGCGACUUUGCCCGUGGUAUGUUGCCGUGCGGCAGGUUCGUGGAGGUGUUUGUGGACACUCCGCUGUCGCUAUGCGAGAAACGGGAUACCAAGGGGUUGUACCGCCGGGCGCGCGCCGGAGAAAUCUCCGAAUUUACCGGCAUCGACUCUCCCUACGAACGCCCCGUCGACGCGGAAAUCAUCGUUGACACCACCGGCCGUUCGGUCUCCGACUCCGGUUCCGAAGUACUCGAUUUCUUGAUCCAAAGGCAGCUGUUGAAGUGGCCGGUUCACGGGUGA